GCUCCAGUUUCUAAUGUACACACAGCUUUCGCAGAUGUCAAGAUAACUUCUUCAGACUUCAUUAACGUACCGUUUUGUAUUUACUUUAUAGUGGUUCCAUUCAAUUUAAAGAGCUCGACUGCAGCCUUUUUUCAAAAUGACGAAGCCUGUUAGCAGAAAACCGGGCAAGAAAGGACACGGAGAUAUAAGUGUUAAGAAUUCAAGCAAGAAACGGGCUUCCAAAACUCAGAAAGCACAUCAAUACCAGCAAGAGAAGUCUCAAAAAUGGACAGUUGUUUUCGCGAUUUGUUGUUUACUUGUUGGAGCAGUUGCAGUUGCUUUGUAUAUUGUCCCUACGAUUCACUUUGCUUUGAAAGACAAUGCCUCCUCGAAAAAGGACUUUCAAGAACAGAAGAGGGCAUUUAAAGAUGAUGGUGUUGAUCGUAAAAACAAGAAAGGGAGGGAAAAGUCGACAGGUAAGACAAGUCACUUGGAAUAUUCUAGUGAUGCUAUUAUUUCAAAUAGCGACACGUGUAAUAAACUUUAAACAAAAUAGAAAUUAAAACUAAAAAUCGGUCUCCUGUACUUCUUAUCUCUGGCCAUUAGUCCAAUCUCAGACUAAGGAUCACAGUAAAAAUCAGAGCUUAGUACGAUCUAUUAGAAUUGCCCUUUGCAAAGAUGCAUAAGUAGAAAAUUAGAACGGGUACUAUUUGAACCACUGACUAUCUGAUUUCGUUUAGUUUUAAUACAUUUCGUAACAGUUUGUCAGUGAGAUUUUUCUCUGAUAUUCCAGAAAAUAUGCAGACCUCCACUGCAGGAGGUUGGUCAUCAUCCCCUCCCUCACCCCCACAGUAAAUUCUAGUUCACUGACACUUGAAUACUUUGCAUGCAGAAGAGCCUACUUUCUAUUAAAAUUAAUAUUGGGUGAGGGGCAGUGGUUCAAAAACAGGAAGAGAGGUGGUUCCACAUUUGGGUGCUGUUCAGUUGAGCACUGUUCAUGUUGCUUUUUUGUGUUUAUACAGGAUCACCAGUGCAAGAUCUUGGCCCAGAAUUUAAAGAUUUUAAGCUGUCAAUUCAGAGCAAGUUAAAGAUCAAGAAUAUUAAGGAAAAUGACCAUGAAAUGAUAAUUCAUGAGCUAAAACAUGACAACCCCAAGAGUUCUGUUCAUGCAUACAUUGUGGAAAACUUUCUAAGUGAUGUCGAGUGCGAUGGUCUUAUGAUGGUUCACAGUAGGCACGUAUCUGAACUUAACAAGCAGGUGCCAAUCAUCUGCUUUGACAGCCUUAAAUCUUUCCGUGAAUACUUAAAAGAUGCAAAGCUCAAAAUAAAGGUGUCACCAAAUGAUUUUACAAGGGGAACCACUUGUAUCAAUGAAACAUUUUCUGCUAAACUUCAGGCUCAUUUUAAGUGGAGUUAUAGCACAGCAUUUUAUCCAGGAGAGAGCAAGUUUUCCACAUUGUUUGCAGACAAAAUACAGAAAGCAACGGGACUCAAAGUUGAAAAUGGAGGGAAAUUCCAGAUCACGUCAUAUCCUCAAGGUGUUGGUAAGUUCAUUAAAUAUCUUCUACUGGCCUGCAUUGGCAUUAUUCCAAAAUAUUGUACAACAGUAAGUGAUUUAAUUUAAGUCUUACAGAGGUAUGAACUCUUCUACAAUACUUAAUUUUACCAGUUGCUGCCUCAACUCUUACCUGGUUUCUCCAAUUUAAAUCUCCUUUUCUGUUUUCCUCUGGUAACUGGUAACAAAAAGGCCCCCCACAUUAUUUUGGGACUGGCGUAUAGAAUGGUAAAUUCGAGACUUUGCAAGGAUGCAAGACCCCGGUUUUAAAAUUGGAGACGGAGACAUAAAAAAAUUAAAGACUUUGAGAUGCAAAAUCACCCGAAAACAAGACUAUGAGCCAUCACAAUUGACAAACACUUCUGAGAUUUAGAGGUCAGGUCAAACUUUUCUGAGACCCACGUUUUUCAAGGAUCCAUUCUAUACCCCUAGUGAUGCCUUUAAGUAGUAAAUUAACUGUUUGUCCUCAAAUGAUUAACCAUGCUCUAAUAAGAGCCCUGCACCUCCCUAAAAUAAGCUAGCAAAAGAGUCCCACUCAUGAAAUGGUCCCAUCUCCUCCCUGAGAAGAGAGUAGAACCCCUACUGAAUUUUAAGUGCCCCAUCAAUAUCAUAGCCUGCGAAAACAUCCGUUUCUCCUCGCUCUUUGCCGCUGGGGAUGUUUCUCAAGGAGAAACGUCUGCGACUCAGCAACGGAAAUUCCAUACUGAUGACGUAAAAUCUGUUCGAAAUCCGGUCAGAAGCGCUGAUUGGUCAACCGAGUAGUUACAUUGUUUUAGCUAUUGUUUGCGAAUGACAGACAAAAGACAAAAGGCCACAAAGUUCAAAUGUAAACGCGAAGAAUCUCUAGAAAAACAGUCAAUAUUUGUGGAAUAUACUCUUCCCUAGAAGAAGCGUUUGAGUUUUUGCUGGAGCUCAUUGGCAGAUCAGCACAACACUUUGCCAAAAUCGACCAGAAGACACGUAAAACUGGACAAAUUUGUGUUUGGAACCUCAUGACUACCGGAUUUAUUAUGUAAACAUUGAUUUGCGUCGUCAGUAUGGAAUUUCUGCCGCUGAGUCGCAGACAUUCCUCUGCGCGAAACGUCCCCAACGGCGAAGAGCAAGAAGAAACGGAUGUUUUCGCAGGCUAUCAAUAUCACAACCAUAUUCUUUCAGCCCAAAUGUGUCUCAGAUAUGCUCUAGUCAGUUAUUUUCUUCAGGCAUGGUUAAUUUAUAACCAUUUCCUAAUAAUAUGACCACUUUUCUGUGACGCUUGGAUGAUCAUAGCAAUGGGUCUUUACUGUUAAUAAUAAGAUAUCACAGGGAAAUCUUCUUUCUUGAAGGAAAAACAUACAUUUACUAUUAAAGCAGUCUCUCCUUUGAAUGAGGUUGCCCCACCCCUCCCCCCUUUUUUGCUUAAUUUUAAUGAGCACUCAACCACUUAUUCACAGAAAUAUUCUCUUUACAGUAUUUCCUGUGGAGUGAUAUUGAAUUAUUGUAACAUAUUGGCAUCUUGAUAAUAUGACUCAAGUGUAACUAAAUAACACUUUUCAGGUUACAAAAAUCACACAGACUGCAUCGUCAACCACCCUGACAAAAGAGAUCGAUAUGCUACCGUACUCGUGUACUUGAGAGACGUUGAAGAAGGAGGAGAGACCGAGUUCCCACUGUUAGGAAUCAGUGUAAAACCACGUAAGGGUCUAGCACUAAUAUGGAACAGCAUGAACUCCCGUGGAGAAUGUGAUCCCUUUUCGCUUCAUAAUGCAGCUAAGGUCAUCAAAGGACAUAAGUUUAUUAUACAAAGAUGGUAAGUGAAGAGAUAAUAAAUGGGGUUGGAUAAAAAAGCCUCCGAAUGACUUCUGAUUAUUUUGAAUUAGAAACAAAAGGGAGAAUUUGACAUUAGAUCAUUGUCCCAACUUGUCAUCUUUAAAGGAUCUCUCCCUCCAAGAGUUCAAGUGUGGAGAAAAAAAGUGAUGUACUAGGCAGCAAUAAAUUUGAUGGAAAAGUGCUCUUGUGUUGGGGAAGAUGUGGAAAGGGGCAUUUAAUUCCCUUCACUUGGGGGGUUCCGGGGGACUCCCCAGGGAAAACUUUAAUUAGGGGAUGUCCCUGAAAAAAGAAUUCCCACGACCAAUGUAUUUUGAGUGACCACAUGCACAAGGGAAAGAAUUUUAACCCAUAAGAAUUAAUCAGCUUAAAUUACUCAUUAUUUGCAAUGAUCAUGUUUACUUACAUCACUAACAAAUAGCGGUGAAAUAAAUGCAGAUUUAUUACGUUCCUUAGCAAAAAUAAUUUUCUGUGAAUUAAACCCAUCCCUUUAAUUAUUCUUGAUAUGACCAGACUGAGCUUUUUGCUGGUUGUGGGAGCUCCUGGACAUUUACCAUAUCCUGCCUCCCUAUUUAUCAUUGAAGAACUGGAUACCAACGGCUUGAUGUCACCACUCAAUACUUCAAUUAUCUGAUUUGAGAUCCCAAGAAACACUUUACCUUGGCUUAUUAUGUUUUGGCAUAGUGGUCACAGCUACGGGGUUGAAACCCCGACCCUGUUUAAGACAAUAAUUGCUCAAAUAGUUACCAUUAGGACAUUGUGGCACUGAAAAAAUAAUUAAAUCUAGCAUGAUCUUACCAUUUUCUCAAAUCCAUCCCGGGUUUGAACCUGUUUUAUUAACCAGGCUGCUGUGGCCUCACAUUAGCAAGGGCCGGGGCUUGAUAGUGGGCCUGUAAGAGAGAGACUGUAAAAUUCCAAAAAUAAGCCCCUCCAAAUAUGAGCCCCCCAAACUCAUUAUGCAAUAAACCCUCCGUUAAUCACCCCUCCAAAUAAUUAUAAGCCCCCGGGGGCUUGUACAUGUAUUUGGAAAUUUCCUUCAAAUUCAAAAUAAACAAAGCAAAAACUGUACAGUAACACAUAAAUUUUUGCAUUUGCCAGCUAUUGUGUGUGCCAAAUGAUUGUAGUCAAAAAGUGUCACAGUAUAUUGUUUGUGUAGUUCAUUCUAACUCUUGACUUGGAUAAUUUCCUCAUUCAAUAUAGACAAAAUACUUGCAUGGCGAAGUCUAGUAAGAUCUAUGUCCCCAAGACAAUUAAGUUUCAGUUAAAACUUUCUGCAAAUUACUGACAUAAAUUUUCUUCAACUAUGAGCUAGCCCAAUCAAUUUUGAGAUGUAAAUUUCCCUCCCAAUAUAAGCCUAGCCAAUUUUGAAACACAAAGUUUCCUCCCUAUAUAUAAGCCCCAGUCAAAAAAGGCUUUAUUUGAAAAAUAUAAGCCCCAUUGGCCUUUUUGGGAAUUUUAUGGUAUCGUAUUAAAAAGAAAUGUUAUUACCUGGUAAAUAUCGGCAGAUCUUGGCAGAGGGAAGGAGGAUUGCUUGAAUACCAGUCCCCCUCCUGUUAUACCAGAUGUGAUUCCAGCAUUCAACAUUCUCAGUGUUAUGUGCCUCUGAUUGAAAAAUAAUUGAAUUCCACCCCAUCCCCCCCCCAGGGGGGGGGGGGGUACUCCCAUACAUUACCUAUACAAGUAUGUGCCACCCAACGGGGUCGUGAUUUUGAAGCUCCUGACUUAGAAUGUGGUAUCCAUUUCAGAGGCGUUUUCUAGAACGGGGUAUAAUAUUUCGAAUGCACGAAAGCUCCAGUUUUGUAAGCAGCCAUUUGAAAUUAUUCAAGGACAGAUUGCUUUUAAAAAUAUGGUUCAAUGCGUUAACAAGCAAACUGUUGUACUCUUUGCACCUUAGAACGGAGUAUAAAAAAUUGGCCCAUUUCUAGAACGGGGUAUCAGUUUUAGGGCGCUUUUCUAUAACGGGGGAUCAAUUUUAGGGGAAAUGUUUUUUAGAACGGGGUGCCAAUUUGGAGUCCCAGGUGGCACAUACCCACCCCAAAAAUACCCAAGUACCCCCGGGCCCCAUCCUUUGGGCAAGCUGCAGCCCUGAGUCACAUUUUGCUUCUUGAAUUAAUUACUUGCUUGUUUUAGUUGAUGAUUUAAUAGUUCAGAACGACUUGCCCAGUCACCGUUGCCAUUUCGGAAAGUAUAAAACUUUUAAAGAUUAUUGCCCAACAAGACAAUCAACUGAUCCCUGACUACCAAAUGGGACUUUUUUCGAGCCAUGUUUUGUGUUUCUUUAUUUUGUAAUCGUAUUUCUUCUCUUUUUUCCAAAUAUCCAUCUUUUACAAUCUUACAGGUACUAUUACCACAACUUCCCUUCACUUGGAAGACGUCCUCAGGAGCCUUUGUUACCUCAGCGCAUGGCUAAUCAACCUAGAGUGUCAUGUGAUGAGUAUGAGCAAGGAAGUUGCCGAUGGUACGAUGAAUGGAAUUACGAUCACUUGCUGGACUAUACUGCUAAUCUACAAAAUCUCAUCUGAUCAAACACUUCUAGUUACAUUGAAAAAAUAAUUUAUUAACUGUAGUAAAGUAUAAAUAUGCUAAUUUAGUGAUAUAAAUCAUUGAUCCAUUCACUCAUUGCAGUGGCCAAAAAUUAAAAAUUGUCUCACAAAAAUUCAAUUUUCUAUUUCUUUUAAAUUCUGAGAAACAGCUACUACCCUGCUUAAGUUCUAUCAAAGAGGUUCCAAUUGAAUGUAAACAUCUUAGAGUUUCAUCUACAGCAUCAAAAUUGGAAAUGCUCCCAUUAUAUAACUCAGAGCCUGUUUACAUGGAGGUGGGGAACCCCAGGUAAGUGAGGUAACCCGCUUAGGUGGGGUAGAAAAAUAACCCUCCAUUACAUGUAACCUUACAACCCCGCCAUCCCAGGGUGCACUUUCUCAAGAUUAUUUAAUGGUCGCUAAGCACGUAAACAAGAAAAAUGCUGGCAAAGCACUCGUUUUGUAGCCUCCCAUGCAGACAUUCUCAGGGGUUCGUCACGCGUUCCAAAGAACGUCUGCAUUGGAGGCUACUCGUUUUGGUGAUUAAUGCUCUUCUACACUGUUUCACGAAUCAGACCCCAGCUAGGCAGGUUACCCCACCUUGAACAUCUACAUGGCAAAAUUUGACCCCGGCUGAGAGGGUUACCCAGUCUGGCAGACCGAGCUACCCACCUUGGCGGGUCACCCCACCUAUCAUGUAAACGUGAUCAAAUUAAAACAAGGGAUUAUAUAUGGACAGGCAGGUUACCCCACCUAAGAGGGUUACCUCACCGACCUGGCGUCCCCCACCUCCAUGUAAACACGCCCUAAGUCUAGGCCAAAGUUAAAAUACUUAACAUUUUAAGAUUUAUUCUGGCCACCAAUAAAGUAAUUAAUGGUCAGCUGGCAUCCUUUCUAUAGAAACUGUGGCUGGUGUUGUCAGUGGUGGAUCCAAGGGAGGGGCCCCCCUUAUUUUUAGACCAAACUGAGGCCUGAAGAGGCAAAAAAAUUCUUUCAAGACCAGGCACCUCCCUUAUUUCAGGGUCUGGAUGUCCACCCCCCGCCCCCCCACCCCACUCACAAUUUCUCGAUCC